AUUUCGCAUUUCGCGGUGUGUCGCGAUGAGCGCUUCUGUCAAGAGUUGUUAUUUACGUACCUUAGAAGGAAUUCCGACGAAUGUUUAUCUGCCGGACAAGACACCAAUUUUCGUAGGACGCUCGCCAGAAACCGGCAUCACAGACGCGAAAUGCUCGCGACAACAAGUUCGUCUAUGCGCAAAUUAUACAGAGACUAUCGUCACAGUUCAACAAAUAGGUCCCCACGCCUGUGGCUUUAAUGGCUUUAAAACUCAGAAGGAUGUGAAAUUUGUAGCCAGACACAAUGAUCGCUUGGAGCUGCUCUAUGGCAAGCAUGCUUUCGAAAUAGAGUUCAUUCCACCUCCAAGCGUGAACAACCUUACAUGGAGGAAGAGAUCGUAUGAAUCAGAAACAGAAGAAACUGAGGGCAAAACCAAAAUGUUGAAGUCAGAUAAUUGCUCUGAUAAUCACUCCGAAGAAUCUGAGAAUGACAGAGAAGAGGAAGAGAAAUUACCUUCGAAUGGUGUACAUAUUGAUCAGAAAACAUUCAGUACUAGUUCUAACACGUCCUCUGAACAGAGCACUGAAAGCUCAAAUACAUCUGCAAAGUGGGACAGUGUGGAUAAUGGAAAAUUGUUAAUUUAUACAGCACCAUCUGUUCAAAAUCAAGCAAAAGUGGCUGCAUAUGAUAUGGAUGGGACUUUAAUAAGAACUAAAUCUGGUUUGGUGUUUCCAAAGGACUGUAAUGAUUGGCAGUUGCUCUAUCACGAUGUACCUGGAAAAUUGAAGCAGCUUCAUAUGAACGGAUACAAAAUAGUGAUCUUUACAAAUCAAGCAGGCCUUAGCAGAGGAAAAUUCAAAAUCAGUGAUUUCAAAGGCAAGAUCGAGAAAGUUGUACAAAAAAUCGGCGUUCCCAUUCAAGUUUUUAUUGCUGUGGGAAAGAACAUUUAUAGAAAGCCAGCAAUUGGUAUGUGGGAAUUUCUGGAAAAGGAGAAAAAUGGAGGUAUCACAAUUGACAAGGCUAAGUCAUUUUACAUCGGUGAUGCCGCUGGUCGGCCAAAGAACUGGGCCCCAAGGAAAAAGAAAGAUCACUCGAGUGUGGAUCGAUUAAUGGCGUUGAAUGUUGAUGUCAAAUUCAAGACGCCUGAAGAACACUUUUUAAACCAUAAAGCGCCGCCUUAUGAGUUACCUAAGUUCAAUCCAAAAAAUCUAUCGCAAACCGACAUAUGCAAACCUGCGGACGCGGAAUUAACACUCAAACAGCAAGAGAUGAUACUUAUGGUCGGCAGCCCGGGCUCCGGAAAAUCACAUUUUACAAAAAAGCAUCUAAAGGAAUACGGAUACGUCAACAGAGACACUUUAGGCAGCUGGCAAAAAUGUAUUGCUGCAGUUCAGCAAUACUUGAAUGAAAGAAAAAGCGUAGUUAUAGACAAUACUAAUCCUGACAAAGCUUCCAGAGAGAGAUAUAUAGAGGUAGCCAAGAAGUGCAACGUCCCGGUCAGAUGUUUUGUUAUGACGACAAGUUUAGAACACGCUAAACAUAAUAAUAAGUUUCGCGAAUUGACUGAUCCAAGCCACACUCCAAUCAACGAAAUUAUUAUACACUCUUAUAUGAAAAAUUACGAACCGCCAACUUUAGAAGAAGAUUUUAAGGAGAUAGUGGAAAUCAAUUUUGUUCCGAAUUUCCGUAAUGAGCAGGAUCGAAGGCUCUAUGAGAUGUAUUUACUCGAAAAUUAAAUCCUAUAAAUUACUUAAAAGUACUUAAACAAAUAAAUCUUGCAUGAUAUAAAUUGAAAUCCGCC